AUGGCGUCUCAUGUUAACUCUCAAAACUAUUAUAUUGGGAUAUGGUACAAAAAACUACCCCCGAAAACAGUAGUUUGGGUGGCAAACAGAAACCAACCUGUUUCUGAUACAUCGUCUUCAACAUUGCAACUCUUCCAAAAUGGAAACUUAACCCUACUGGUCCAAUCCAAAACUGAAAUUUGGUCAACUCAUUCUAUGUCAACGGUUUCUCAUUCCACCGUAGCAAUGCUACUUGACAAUGGGAACUUUGUCAUAACAUAUGCAUUUAAUUCAUCUGUUGUUAUAUGGCAGAGUUUUGAUCACCCAACUAAUACUUGGCUUCCAGGAGGGAAGCUCGGACAUAAUAGGCUUACGAAAGAAAAACUAAGUCUUACUCCAUGGAGAAACCCACAAAAUCCAGCACCUGGCCUCUUUCCUAUCUGGGCAGUAUCUUUUUGCAUCUUCAAGGUGAAGUAUUUGGAAUGGGGUAUAGAUUACAAGCUGCAGCAGCAGCAAUCCAGCCCAAACA